UUAACCAUAAACCUCGUAUACCCUAGUAGCUGACUGCUUCGUUGUGUAACCCGCCUCCAUCACCAUAGUUGAUUCAGACUUUCUGCAAAAGCUUCGCUCCCUCUAAAUAUUGCGGGAACUCCAAAUCCCGGUGUUUUUGUCCGAAGAUCUACGUCUGCUAUAUUUUAUCUGUUCGAUUCGCCAUUCCAUUUUCCCGAUGGCUGCGUUGGCCGUCAUCAGAAACCCCAGUUGUCGGCGCCUCAGUCGCUUCUCCUCGACCUACCUGUACCAUUCAAUUUGCCCGCGCGCUGUCGUAGGCCAGGAAACGCAGAUUUUUUCGACCGAGAAUGUGGGGAGGAAUCUCGACGUGGGUUACUGGUGGCGGAGAUCGAUGGCCACCUUCACCCGGACGAAGCCACAUGUUAACGUUGGGACUAUUGGGCAUGUUGAUCAUGGGAAAACUACUUUGACAGCAGCUAUAACUAAGGUAUUAGCUGAAGAAGGAAAAGCCAAGGCUGUUGCUUUUGAUGAAAUUGAUAAGGCUCCUGAGGAGAAAGCCAGAGGAAUUACCAUUGCCACGGCUCAUGUGGAAUAUGAGACUACAAAAAGGCAUUAUGCCCACGUAGAUUGUCCUGGACAUGCAGAUUAUGUCAAAAAUAUGAUUACGGGUGCUGCCCAAAUGGAUGGUGGCAUUCUUGUUGUAUCUGCACCUGAUGGACCAAUGCCACAAACAAAGGAACACAUCCUUCUUGCUCGGCAGGUCGGUGUACCAUCACUUGUGUGCUUUCUAAAUAAGGUUGACGCUGUAGAUGAUCCUGAGUUAUUAGAGCUUGUUGAGAUGGAGCUCCGUGAGUUGCUUAGCUUCUACAAGUUCCCUGGUGAUGAAAUUCCAAUUAUCAGGGGUUCAGCUCUCUCUGCACUACAGGGUACUAAUGAUGAAAUUGGAAAGCAAGCCAUCCUAAAACUAAUGGAAGCUGUCGAUGACUACAUACCAGAUCCCAUUCGCCAACUUGAUAAACCUUUCCUUAUGCCCAUUGAAGAUGUCUUUUCAAUUCAGGGACGUGGAACUGUUGUAACUGGUCGUAUUGAACAAGGAACAAUAAAGACUGGAGAAGACGUUGAAAUUUUGGGGUUGAUGCAAGGCGGUCCUUUAAAAACUACUGUAACUGGUGUAGAGAUGUUUAAGAAGAUAUUAGAUCAUGGGCAGGCUGGUGAUAAUGUGGGUUUGCUUCUCCGCGGUUUGAAACGUGGGGAUGUUCAGCGGGGACAGGUUGUCUGUAAGCCCGGUUCUGUGAAAACCUACAAAAGAUUUGAGGCAGAGAUUUAUGUUCUCACGAAGGAUGAAGGUGGUCGCCAUACUGCUUUCUUCUCAAAUUACAGGCCUCAAUUUUACUUGAGAACUGCAGAUGUUACUGGCAAGGUGGAAUUGCCUGAAAAUGUUAAGAUGGUGAUGCCUGGUGAUAAUGUCACUGCAAUUUUUGAACUGAUAUCACAUGUUCCUCUUGAAGCAGGGCAAAGAUUUGCAUUACGUGAAGGAGGAAGGACUGUUGGCGCUGGAGUUGUAUCCAAAGUAAUCAGUUGAUGAUUUGUAAGCUUUGAAACUUAUUCUUUCAUGAAAAUUCCUCCAUAAGGAUAGGACCCGCCGGCAAUGGUAAGCUCACAUUUUGUCAUGUAGGGCUGUAAUCGAGCCGAGCCUAACCAAGCAUAUCACAAAUUGUUCAUGUUUAGCUUGAGCUAUAGGCAGGCUUACAUAUACUUUUGUAUUUGGUCUGUUUAGAUUUUUCUAUGAUCAAGUUUGACUUGUACUUAAAAAAGUAAAAAAUACUUGGCAUCUUCUAUCAUACUUAGCCAUCUUGUUAGAAUAA